UAAAAUCUAUAAAAUUUUUCGGCUGGGAAAUAAACUCAUCUCUAACAUCUCUAACAGCUAGCGACCUUUACAAUAAGGUAAUUGUGAGCUCAGAAAAAAAACUCAUAACAACUAUUAAAGCUGGGCUAAGUCCUAAGAGCGCAAUCAACUUCUACAAAGCCUUUGUUAGAUUAGAAAUUGAGUACUGCCGAACACCCACUGCAUACUGCUCCAAGACAGUUAAAAAUAAAUCCAAACUUUUCAAAACAACUUUUUACGAAGAGCAUUUUAGGAGUCACACCAUCUACCCCAAUCCCAAUAAUAUACGGUUUAGCAAAAGAACUACCAUCCCAGAUAGAGCAAACUGGUUGACAGCUAAAGAAUUAAUUAAGAUCCUAUCGACAAACAACUCCAUAAAAUAUUCAAAAAUCUCACAACUUGUUCAUUUUAUGGAAGAAGCACACUUUACAUUUUAAUAAAAAAAAAAUUCUUUUAAAAAACUAGCUUAUAUAAAAUACAAAAUGGUCCUUUGACCUUAUUUAAUAUACCCUCCACCUAACCACUCACUUUCCGAGGCAUGAGAGGCAUACACACAUGGCCAACUUUCAAAUCAUGCUUGACACCUCGUAAAAUAUGUCAAAACAAACUGUCAAACAAACAAAUCGCGAAGACAAUAUCCAAACAAACCUGGAACGAAACAAAAAGUAGACACUCUACCAAAAUAAAGAGGAAAGCGCCAGGAAAAAAAUAUUCAGAUACCUUCAGUAGACUAUAGUCUACGAUCGAAAAUAACACAAAAAAAUACAAAAAGUAGCAGAAUUAAAAAUAUCCAGUAUACAUCUUUCUACAAUCGCGAAUACAAACCAACUAAGAAUAAAAACCUGACUUCAACAGCAAUUAAUUUUAAAAAAUUCGUGAAAUGUUUGAUAAAUCGUCCUGUAUAUUGUGCUUGGAAAAUGUCGAUAUUUCCGAUGAUCACAUAAAUAUGGACUCAGAGGAAGAACAAUCAGCAAAUGCCCGUGAGAUAAUUAAUCAACAUUUCAAGGAGGAGCUAAGCAUGAUGCUAAUCUUAACAAAUAAAAUUGUCUGUAAUCAAUGCUGGGAGCUGGUCCAAACGUUUCAUGAGUUCUAUGUGCGUGUGCAAAAUGCUCAUAUAGCCGCAACUAACACUUUGAAGUCUCUACAAGAAAUGGAGAUACCAGUAACUGAAAUAAAAAUAGAGCCUUAUGCAGUAGACGAAUUAGCCUCUCCUACGAAGCGGCAGAGAGGGCGUCCACGCCGCCAAAAGGAGGACAAAAGAGCGGUGGAGCAUGUACCAAUCAGUUUGAAAGAGUGCAGUGUUAGAAUGGAGCCACUUAUAUUGCCAAUUAAUACUAACAACAGUGGAGAUAUCCAACUAGAUCAGAAUGUACAAAACUUGGAAAUUAAAUAUGAAGUUGUGUCCAACGAGCUUAUGGAUGAUACGCACCAUAUACCACAAUCCGAUAAUGGAAGUGAGUCGAAAAGUAUACUGACCGACAGCUCUCUACUGCACCCAGUUGACCCACCAUUAAUUCUAAAAAAGAAAAUAGUACAUAAAAAACGAGGUCUAAAGCGAAAGCGAAUAGAGUCAAAACCAAAGUUGAAACCAUAUGAUAAUAAACCACGGCAUAAAACAUCAGAAUAUGAUGAUUAUAUUGCUCAACAUUUUAAAUUGUCUUGUUUUUUAUGCCAAAAAUCAUUGGAAAAUUUUACAGUGUUAAAAGUUCAUUAUCGUGAGCAGCAUGAAACUAAUGGAUAUGUGAAAUGUUGCGGUAAAAAAUUGCUCAGACGGAGUGUACUUGUUGAUCACAUUCACUUUCAUAAUGACCCAGAAUUCUUCAAGUGUCAACAAUGUGAAAAAUUACUGUCCGAUCGCCAUGGGCUUGAAAAGCAUGUGCAAUUUUUUCACGGAUCUAGAGAGCGUAUAUAUCAGUGCGAUAUUUGUUCCAAAUCAUUCUUUCGUCGUGAAGUUCUCGCAAGACAUUAUCAAUUACAUGCCCCAGAAGAAGAGAAGCAGGUGAAAUGUACGGAAUGUGAAAAGACAUUUUGUUCUGAAUAUAUUAUGACACAACAUUUAAGGCUGGUCCAUCAGCACAUGUAUUCCAAGAUUUGUGAUAUUUGUGGAAAAUCUUUUCGUGGAAAUGAUGCCCUGCGCCGACAUCAAGAAGAGCAUUCCGGUUUACCAAGAUCACGAAUUAAAUGUGAUUUAUGUGACGCGCAAUUAACUACAAAGUAUGGUUUAGCUCGUCAUAUGAAAGUAAUGCACACUGUAGAGUAUCAAACGCCUCAGACUUGUCCUAUAUGUUCCAAAGUAUCGCCGACACUUCGAGCACAUCAGAACCAUUUUAAAUAUAUGCACGCCACCGAGAGAAAACAUGCGUGCAAGCUGUGUGACAAAGCCUUUAAAAGGCUCAAGGGUUUACGAGAGCAUAUGGCAAGUCAUACUGGUGACGUUUUAUACACUUGCACAUUUUGUUCUCAAACAUUCAACUCAAAUGCGAAUAUGUAUGCACAUCGUAAGCGAAAGCAUCCAAAGGAAUGGGCUGAAAAAUGUGCAAAAAAAUAAUUCCAAUGGAAUGGGUAAACAGAUAAAGAAGCAAUUGGAAUCCAUAUUAGAAUCUGUGGAUGCUGCGGAAGAACUAGUGCAAAAGUAAUGAAUAGACGAAUGAAUUGUGAAUGUUUAAAUAUCACUUUAUACAUAUAAAUAUCACUUAUGAAGUUUGAUAAAUCAAAAAUG